CUCUCUUUCUUCCAUUCCAUGACAUGAUCACCACUUGCAGAACUUCUUCAACCACCAACCUUGGAGGAGCUCAACCUCUUUCUCUGCGCUUCCUAUCCAAGCCAGCUCCUCCGUUUCUAUCUCUGAGCCUCUUCUUCCCCUCCCACUCUACUAACAAUGGCAUUGCGGUUUCCUCAACUCAGUGCAAACCCAGAAUCCGGUGUGACAAAGAAGUAGGUAAUGGUAAUAGUAAUGGGGUAGAAGAAGAAGCAAAAGAUGAAGAGGGUGAGCGUGAGGUGCAGUGUGAGGUUCAAGUGGUUUCUUGGAGGGAAAGGAGAGUUAAGGCCGAAAUUUCUGUCAAUGCUGACAUUGAAUCCGUUUGGAACGCUCUCACUGAUUAUGAGCAUCUCGCUGAUUUCAUUCCAAAUCUUGUGUGGAGGUAAGUGGGAAAAUUCCUUGCCCAUAUCCUGGACGGAUAUGGUUAGAGCAAAGAGGAUUUCAAAGGUCAAUGUAUUGGCACAUAGAAGCUCGUGUUGUGUUGGAUCUUCAAGAAUUCAUCAAUUCUGCACCCAAAGCCAAUUGCAUUACAGCCAUUACUUGGUUGAUGGAAAACUUUCUCAAGAAUUGUACGUUCUCAUACUCAAAUACACGUUGUUUUUAAUGCUUCAGGCAUGGGAUCGAGAACUUCACUUUUCCAUGGUUGAUGGAGACUUUAAGAAGUUUGAGGGCAAAUGGUCUGUCAAAUCUGGAACAAGAUCUUCAUCGACUAAUUUAUCUUAUGAAGUUAAUGUUAUACCAAGAUUCAACUUCCCAGCUAUUUUCUUAGAAAGGAUUAUCAGAUCAGAUCUCCCUGUGAACCUCCGAGCCUUGGCAUAUAGAGUUGAGAGGAAUAUUUCUGGAAAUCAGAAACUUUCCCUGCCAGAAAAUCACUUGGAUAAAACUUCUAGUGAUAUUUAUGAGUCAUCUGCCCAAAAGAUAAAUAGUGCUUUGUGUGAAAACAGAGAAUAUUUAGUCAGCUCAAUUCCUGGUACCUUGCCCAUGCCUUCCAGUGAGGUGAACAUCAAUAAUUGGGGUGCAUUUGGAAAAACUUGCAGACUUGACAGGCCUUGUGUGGUGGAUGAAAUUCAUCUCCGUAGAUUUGAUGGACUUUUGGAAAAUGGAGGUGUUCAUCGCUGCGUUUUUGCAACCAUAACAGUUAAGGCUUCUGUUCGUGAUGUAUGGAAUGUAAUGUCUUCAUAUGAGACUCUUCCUGAGAUAGUUCCAAAUUUAGCAAUCAGUAAGAUUUUAUCACGAGAUAACAAUAAAGUUCGCAUUCUCCAGGAAGGGUGUAAGGGCCUGCUUUAUAUGGUGCUUCAUGCUCGUGUUGUGCUAGACUUGUGUGAAUAUCUAGAACAGGAGAUCAGCUUUGAACAGGUUGAAGGGGAUUUUGACUCGUUCCAUGGAAAAUGGACUUUUGAGCAACUAGGAAAUCAUCACACACUGCUAAAAUACUCCGUGGAGUCAAAAAUGCGCAAAGACACUUUCCUUUCUGAAGCUAUCAUGGAAGAGGUCAUAUAUGAAGAUCUCCCAUCAAAUUUGUGUGCAAUAAGAGACUAUAUUGAGAAUAGGACAGCAUCAAAUAUGUUCGAAGCAUGUAAGCAGAAUACAGAUUUGGGGCAACAAACUGUUCCAUCUGGCUUUGAAGAUGAUGACAGCUAUUGUUCAGCAGAAGACUUGUUUGAUUGCAAUGCUCAAAGCUCAUCUCAACAACGACCAAGAGUUCCAGGUUUACAAAGGGAUAUUGAAGUACUAAAAUCUGAACUCCUGAAAUUCAUUGCAGAACAUGGACAAGAAGGAUUUAUGCCAAUGAGGAAGCAACUUCGUUUGCACGGAAGAGUGGAUAUUGAGAAGGCUAUAAAUCGCAUGGGUGGAUUCAGAAAGAUUGCAACUAUAAUGAACCUCUCUCUGGCUUACAAACACCGCAAACCAAAGGGUUACUGGGACAAUCUUGAAAAUUUGCAUUAUGAGAUAAGUAGAUUUCAAAGGAGCUGGGGAAUGGACCCUUCAUUUAUGCCUAGCAGAAGGUCAUUUGAACGUGCAGGGCGCUUUGAUAUAGCACGGGCAUUGGAAAAGUGGGGUGGACUUCGUCAGGUUUCUCGCCUUCUGUCCCUCAAGGUGAGGCGGCAACGAAGCAGACAAGACAACCUUGCCAAGGAUAAGAAAGUUGAUGAUGAUGUAGCAUCACCUGAUGUAGAUAGUGAGAUCAAGACACCAUCUAGACCCACUGUUUCUCAAGAUCCACAAAAUUGGCUUACCGAACUAAAACAGUUGGACAUAAAUUGGGUUGAGUAAAAAGAGUAUAAUGAAUUGGACAUAUGUAUAUAUAUUGGUUUAAAUAUAAUUUUAUGCUUAUUGUAACACACGA